CUUUCUAAGGGGGCACAGCAGGUGUGCGUCCUGGUGGCUGCCAAUACCUUUUCCUUAGAGAUGGCUGUGCAGGUCCCGAGUCUACUCAUUGCAGCAGCUGCGGUGCUGAUGGUGCUGAGCAGCCUGGGGGCCGAGGGCAGAGACUCCCCAAGGGAUUUCGUGUACCAGUUCAGAGGCCUGUGCUACUACACCAACGGGACGCAGCACAUGCGGCACGUGGACAGGUACUUCUACAACCGGGAGGAGUUCGUGCGCUACGACAGCGACGUGGGCGAGCACCGCGCGGUGACCGAGCUGGGGCGGUCGUGGGCCGAGAACUUCAACAGCCAGAAGGACUUCAUGGAGCAGAAGCGGGCCGAGAUGGACACGGUGUGCAGACACAACUAUGAGGAGACGGAGGUCCCCACCUCUCUGCGGAGGCUCGAGCAGCCCAAAGUGGCCGUCUCCCUGUCCAGGAUGGAGGCCCUCAACCACCACAACACGCUGGUCUGCUCGGUGUCAGAUUUCUACCCGGCCCACAUCAAAGUGCGCUGGUUUCGGAAUGGCCAGGAGGAGAUGGCGGGGGUUGUGUCCACGAAGCUUAUUAAGAAUGGGGACUGGACCUACCAGGUCCUGGUCAUGCUGGAGAUGACCCCUCAGCGGGGAGACGUCUACACCUGCCACGUGGAGCACCCCAGCCUGCAGAGCCCUGUCACUGUGGAGUGGAGCGCACAGUCCGAGUCUGCUCAGAGCAAGAUGCUGAGCGGCAUCGGGGGCUUCGUUCUGGGGCUCAUCUUCCUCGGGCUGGGCCUUUUUGUCCGUCACAGGAGUCAGAAAGGACCUCGAGGGCCUCCUCCAGCAGGGCUCCUACAGUGAUUCAUGGUGUUUUGGCUGAGUUGGCUGUUGUACUGUAAGAUCUGCAUGUCCCUGCUCUCAGUUCCCAUCUGCCCCAGCCUGCCUGUCUCUCUUUGAUUCAGAGUCUAGCAUGGUGCCCAUGUGCUCAAUGACUCAACUCUUAUGAUCCCUGACUCCCCAAGCUAUGUCUUUGGCUCUGCUCCUGGGCUGAUUCCAGAGAUCAUUGUGUACCGUGACACAAUCUCCUCAGACCCCAAGCCUUCUGUUUCCAUUGUCCCAUAGGACUGCUGAAGAGACCCUGAAAACAUUUGCUUCUUUUCAUAAUU